AUGACAGCUCGACAGUUGGGUUGCUUUGAAAUACAGUGGGAGAAGGCGUGCAGAGCGAAACGGGAGAGCUUCAGGUGGCUGAAUCCCUUAUUUAUUAUUGGCCAUAAACGGAAGCUUGAAGAAGAUGACAUGUAUAAAGUGCUGCCAGAGGAUUCCUCGGAGAAGCUUGGAGAGGAAUUGCAGUGGUACUGGGAUAAAGAAGUGCAAAAAGCAAAAAAGAGAGGAAAACAGCCACAUUUAACAAAAGCCAUUAUUCUUUGUUACUGGAAAUCCUAUUUAGUUUUUGGAAUUUUCACAAUGAUUGAGGAAACCCUCAAAAUAAUUCAGCCAAUAUUUUUGGGAAAAAUUAUUAAUUAUUUUGAAAACUAUGAUUCCUCAGAUGAAGUACCUUUGAAUUUUGCAUAUUGCUACGCAGCUGCUCUGUCUGUGUGCACGCUUAUUCUAGCUAUAAUGCACCACUUAUACUUCUAUCAUGUACAGCGAGCUGGCAUGAAGCUGAGGGUAGCUAUGUGCCAUAUGAUUUAUCGGAAGGCACUUCGUCUCAGUAACGUAGCUAUGGCAAAAACUACCACUGGUCAAAUAGUAAAUCUUCUGUCAAAUGAUGUGAACAAAUUUGAUCAGGUAACAAUUUUCUUGCACUUCUUGUGGGCUGGACCAAUUCAAGCUGUAGCAGUAACAGUCCUUCUCUGGAUGGAGAUAGGCCCAUCAUGUCUUGCAGGAAUGGCAGUUCUGAUUAUUCUUCUUCCUAUCCAGACCUGCAUUGGGAGACUUUUUUCUUCCCUAAGAAGCAAGACAGCUGCCUUAACAGAUGUCAGGAUAAGGACCAUGAAUGAAGUCAUAAGUGGUAUGAAGAUAAUAAAGAUGUAUGCUUGGGAAAAGUCAUUUGCAGAACUUGUGAAUGGUUUAAGAAGGAAGGAGAUUGCCAUGGUUAUGAAAAGCUCCUACCUUCGAGGACUGAACUUAGCCUCUUUCUUUGUGGCAAGCAAAAUAACAGUGUUCAUGACUUUCAUGGCAUAUGUACUACUUGGCAACGUUAUCUCUGCAAGUCGGGUGUUCGUUGCAGUGUCCCUGUACGGUGCAGUAAGACUGACAGUAACUCUCUUCUUCCCUGCGGCUGUUGAGAGAGUAUCCGAGGCAGUGGUUAGCAUACGACGAAUCAAGAACUUUCUGAUACUUGAUGAGGUCUCACACUUCAAGCCACAACUGCAUGGUAAUAACGAGAAUGCCAUUCUUCAUGUUCAGGAUUUGACUUGCUCUUGGGAUAAGAGUUUAGAAAGCCCAGCACUUCAACAACUUUCAUUUACUGUCAGACGAGGGGAAUUACUGGCUGUGAUUGGUCCUGUAGGAGCUGGAAAAUCUUCACUUUUAAGUGCUGUGCUUGGUGAGCUGCCUAAAGAUAAAGGUUUGAUAAACGUUACUGGAAGAAUUGCCUAUGUUUCUCAGCAGCCUUGGGUGUUUUCUGGUACAGUAAGAAGUAAUAUACUGUUUGACAAGGAAUAUGAGAAAGAAAAAUAUGAAAAAGUUUUAAAAGUCUGUGCUCUUAAAAAGGACUUGGAAUUAUUGGCAAAUGGUGACCUAACAGUAAUAGGAGAUCGUGGAGCUACGCUGAGCGGGGGACAGAAGGCCCGUGUAAAUCUGGCCAGAGCUGUGUAUCAAGAUGCAGACAUCUAUCUUUUGGAUGAUCCACUGAGUGCAGUAGAUGCUGAAGUUGGAAGACAUUUGUUUGAAAAAUGUAUUUGUCAGGCUUUACAUCAGAAGAUCUCUGUUUUGGUCACUCACCAGUUGCAGUAUCUCCGUGCUGCAAAUCAGAUUCUAAUUUUAAAAGAUGGUAAAAUGGUGGGGAAAGGUACCUAUUCAGAGUUCCUGAGAUCUGGCGUCGACUUUGCUUCCCUUUUGAAAAAAGAUGAAGAGGUAGAACAGCUGUCAGUUCCAGGAACCCCCAACCUGAAGUCUGUCCGGAGCCGAACCUUCUCAGAGUCCUCUGUCUGGUCCCAGGAUUCUUCUGUCCACUCACAGAAAGACGGAGCAGUGGACCAACCACCUGCUGAAAAUGCACUGGCUGCAGUGCCAGAAGAGAGUCGCUCUGAGGGAAAAAUAAACUUUAAGGUUUACAGAAAAUAUUUCACUGCAGGUGCAAACUACUUUGUGAUUUUUAUACUUUUAAUAUUCAAUAUUUUGGCACAGGUGGCAUAUGUGCUCCAGGACUGGUGGCUUUCUUACUGGGCAAAUCAUCAAGAAAAGUUGAAUGUCACAACAAAUGGAAAUAAUGGAGCAAAUGAGACUGAACAUCUAGACCUUAACUUUUAUUUGGGAAUUUAUGCAGGUUUAACGGUGGCUACAAUACUGUUUGGCAUAAUAAGAAGUCUUCUGGUGUUUCAAGUUCUUGUUAAUUCUGGUCAGACUUUGCACAACAAAAUGUUUCAAUCCAUUUUGAAAGCUCCUGUCUUGUUUUUUGACAGAAAUCCUAUAGGAAGAAUCUUAAAUCGUUUCUCCAAAGAUAUUGGCCACCUGGAUGACUUGCUUCCAUUGACGUUUUUGGACUUUGUGCAGACUCUCCUACAGAUUUUUGGUGUGGUGGCUGUGGCUGUGGCAGUGAUUCCUUGGAUACUCAUCCCCUUAAUUCCACUAUUUGUUCUUUUCAUUUUUCUUCGACGAUAUUUCUUAGACACUUCAAGAGAUAUUAAACGUCUAGAAUCCACAACUCGAAGUCCAGUGUUCUCCCACUUGUCGUCGUCUCUCCAGGGACUUUGGACUAUUCGGGCUUUGAAAGCAGAGGAAAGAUUUCAAAAAUUAUUUGAUGCACACCAAGACCUCCACUCAGAGGCCUGGUUUCUAUUUUUGACGACCUCGAGGUGGUUUGCUGUGCGCCUGGAUGCUAUCUGUGCCAUUUUUGUUAUAGUGGUUGCUUUUGGUUCCCUGCUUCUCGCCAAGACUUUGAAUGCAGGGCAGGUUGGUUUGGCGCUAUCCUACGCAAUCACCCUCAUGGGAACAUUCCAGUGGGGUGUUAGACAAAGUGCUGAAGUUGAAAACCUGAUGAUAUCAGUAGAAAGAGUAAUGGAAUACACGGAACUUGAAAAAGAAGCUCCUUGGGAGACCAACAAGCAUCCACCACCUGAGUGGCCAAGCCAAGGAAUGAUAGCCUUUGAAAAUGUUAACUUCACGUACAGUCUAGAUGGACCUUUGGUGUUAAGACAUUUGUCUGUUUUAAUUAAACCCAAAGAAAAGGUUGGAAUAGUGGGAAGAACUGGAGCUGGGAAAAGCUCUCUGAUAGCAGCCCUCUUUCGCUUGGCGGAACCCGAAGGCAAGAUUUGGAUUGAUAAGUACUUGACGUCAGAGCUAGGACUCCAUGACUUGCGGAAGAAAAUUUCAAUUAUACCUCAGGAGCCUGUUUUAUUCACUGGAACUAUGAGGAAAAACUUAGAUCCUUUCAAUGAAUACACCGAUGAAGAGCUGUGGAACGCCUUGGAAGAGGUGCAACUGAAGGAGGUUGUAGAAGAUCUACCUAAUAAAAUGGAGACUCAGCUGGCAGAAUCUGGGUCUAAUUUUAGUAUCAUCGAUGAAGCAACAGCAAAUGUGGACCCAAGAACAGAUGAGUUCAUUCAAAAGACGAUCCGUGAAAAGUUUGCUCACUGCACAGUGCUGACCAUUGCACACCGCUUGAACACCAUUAUUGACAGCGACAGGAUUAUGGUUUUGGAUGCAGGGAGACUGAAAGAAUAUGGUGAACCUUACAUUUUGCUGCAAGAACAAGAUGGCUUGUUUUACAAAAUGGUGCAACAAGUGGGCAAGACUGAAGCAGCUUCUCUGAUUGAAACAGCAAAACGGGUGUACUUCAGUAAGAAUUACCCAGAAGUUGUUCAGAAUGGUCAAGUUGCCACAGACUCCUCCUUGGAUCCUUCCUCGGCAUUAUGCAUAACCGAAACUGCACUGUGAUUCCUAAUAACCCUAACUGUUUUCCACAGAAUGUAAACCUGAGGUCAUCUAAACUCAGUGACGAUGUUUGCGAGUGUCAACGGAAGAGGAAAGGGAGGGGGCAGUUCUUUGCACUGGACAUCCUUCCUAUUUAAUACUGAGAAGAAAAUUUUUACUGUCCCUCUUUCUUUAAUUUCAGUGCAAUAUGUUUUUCUUUCCAACUAAUUAUGUUUGUUUUGCUAAGGAAAUUAGGCAGACUCAGUUUUUAUUUGGAAGUUAUGUGGUAGAGAUCUCUUUUAUUUAAACAGGUGCAGGACACCUAACAGGUCUAGGGUGCAUAUUUGGAGCUUACCAAAAAAAAUCGAACAUGUCCUUUUUCUCUUUUGAAAAUACUUUGAGAGCAGGCAAAACCAAAAUUUUUUCAGUGUCACUUGUAGCAUGACAGCUAUGCCUAAGCAGGGGAUUUGGUAGUGUACAACUGAGUUGUCUUGCGCUGCUCUCUUUCUACCUGUCAUAAGUAGCUAUGCAGGUUGGUAGAAAAGAGAAUUGAACCAGCCAAAAAUACUUUUUGAUAGCAAAAAGUACUAUAUCCUUAUUUUUUUGAUAAAUAGUUCAAGUAAUGCUGUUCAAGAUGAAUGUAAAUAUUAGUUUUAUUUUGCUAAAAUCCAAAUGCUGAAAAAUCAAUCUCAGUCUUCUGUACUUUAGAAGAAAAUUACCACAUUUGCACUGAAGAAAUAUUUAAAUAAUUUAACAUACAUUCCUCUUUUUAUCCAGGUUAUCAAAGAAAAAAAGGUAUUAAAAUAACUUGAGGAAACGUUUGAAUUACAUGUCAUUAUACCUAAAUACCGUGUAGUACAAAGUUAUCUUCAACACAACACAUUGAAAUGUAUACAUUAUUUGCAUUUAUUGUGCCUUAAUAUUUGUGCCUUCAAGCCAAAGCUGUAACUGCAGGGUACACAACAAAUUCAUUAAAUAUAUGUUAAAAAUAUCUAACCUUAGUAUAUUUAAAGUUUUGCAUCAGGGGUUCUGUUGAACUCGAGCUGUUUGAAGUUACCAUCCUACCGGAAUAGGUAGGAAAGUACAACCUGUAGUAGUUUUGAGUGGCUGUUGCUGAUAGUGAGGAGAGCGUAGCGAGAGAGAGAGGUUCGGUAUUCAUAAGUUAUGUCCUGAUUCAGCAAAGCGCUUUAACACAAAGGCACUAUUCCCAUGCAUUAAAAAAAAUAAAUAAGUCAAGUGCUAUGCCGCUUCAGAUUUUUUCAUGUUUAGUGAGAUACCUACUCUUUGAGGUCCGGUAGAAAAUAAAUCUAUUCAUCUUACUGUUUAAAGGGCACAGAAGAGACUUAAAAGGCAACAGAUCUCCUGAGGGCAUAGAAAAUACUGUGCUUUUUAAUAAAAUACUGAAGCUGCUUGUUAUUACCGGUGUAACACAAAUGUUACUUACCCAGUGGUCUAAAAGUAAGGCAUACACAAAUGUUCCUCAUUUCAGGCGGUUCUACCAGCAAAUAACCGAUUCAAAUACAAAAUUACUCUCUCCUUGUAGAGAAGUAAAUGGAGGCCAAAGCCUGUGUCUCAGCACGAGGGCUCUUCCAGAAGGGCUUUGUUGUGCUCGGGAGUCAGCCCCGUGGUGAGAGGCAGAAUCCUCGUUCCCCUGUUGCAGCGUCUUCCCUGCAGUGAGGCUUGCUGUCCUGCUGUGAGAAUGCUCGGGGGCUGUGUCGCAUGAAGAAGGCGCAACCUCGCGUGGUCUUGUCUGUACCUGCCUUUUUGGAAGGGUUCCAUGGUGUGAACCGUGUCCAAACUCUGCUCAAGCUUUGUCAUGGAGAAGCCUGGCCCCAGUGGUCCAAAUCAGAGCUAGGGUGAGCUGACCAGUAAGGCAGUGUAGACACUUAAUGGGGUCUGAUGCUUGAGCUCAUUUGUUUACCUUUUUUAUUGAGCAGUUUGGGCAUAUCCAGAGUCCAACUGUGUUUUACAAUAGCGCAUGCUUUUGAUUUCUAAAUAGUUAGUUCUUACAAGAGAGUUAAGUAUGAUGCAUAAAUACGCUGAGACUUUUAAAUACUCUAAGGGAACAGUACAUUAUUCUGGUCUUAUACCUUGAGUUUCUAUAAUUUUUUUAUCAGAACCAAGGAGAUAUGCAUGUGGAAACCAAGGGUAUAAUUACAGUUUUAGUUCAUUUCAGCUCUGAAAUGAAUCUAUGGUAAGUUAUAUUUCAGAGCAGAGCUCCAAAACGCUGGCUGCUGCAGACUCACUGGUAUGAGACCCCGACAGAUCUAGCUAUCGGUCUAUAAGCUAGAAUUAAUUUGAUCCUGUAGCUUUUUGAAUGCGCACAAAAAUUUUAGGUAUCUCUGAAAAUGCUGAUUCUGCUUCUUCACGUGUUUUGGCAGGACAUUACUAGCUGUAGGUAUCAAAUAUCCAUAUAAGAGAAAAGAAACUCUUUACAAAAUCACACUUGAAGCCCAUAAAUUGCUGAGUAGAACAACUGAUAGUCAUUCAUGUCUGUCACUGGCAUUAUACCCAUCUUUUUAGUUUAACGUAACAAAAAUAUUUUAAUCGGGGAAAUUGGUUUUUAGAAGCUUUUGUUGGUUUUGUUGUUGGUGGUUGUUUUGUUUAGACUGGUUUACUGGUUAAGAUUGACUGACGCGUUUAAUUUCAGUUGAGUGAAAAAGUGCCACGUACCUGAAUGGCAAAACUCAGAUCAAGGAUGAGAAAGGCCGUCCUUUGGUGAAAAGUCUUGGUUUGUUAAAUGGAUGAAUUAUCUUUCCAGCAAGGUGUUCUAUGUUUCCAUUUAAAGAAAAGUUCAAAUAGUUCAAAACUUCCACUUUGAAAAAUUUCACGUUUUAUUUGGAAAUAGCAAAGCUGGUUUCUAUAAGCUUCGUUCCUUCCUGGGGAUCUUGGGAAAAGAACUCAGUCUUCAGAGUUAUUCAGAACUUUAAAAUACUUCUUCACCAUGAGGUGCCUUAAAGUAUU